AUGGAUUUUAAGGAUUAAAGUGUGGGUAUAUGUUAUUGCUGCAUUUUCUUUACUUUUAAACAUUACUUUUACUUAAUGAUGAUAACUAAUGGGAUUUAAGGACUUACUUUAAUGAUAAUGGGAGGUUCAGGGAUUUUGAACUUAAUUGAACUGUUUCAUUUCUCAUUGCCCAUUACAAUUACCUUAUUAAGUUUAGGCAGUAUUCUAAUCUUGGGACUGAUAGCAGAAAUAAUUUUUUUUUUUCGACAUUCAGUUAUAAAAAUAGGACGAUUUAUGGUUGUUUUAAACAUUUUGACUUCUUUAUUUGAUCUCGUAUUAGGAGUGAUCAUACUAUUAAUGUGUUUUUUCGGUGUUGUUUUAAUUGAAUUGAAUGAUACAUAGUUAUAUUUUAGUUAAAAAAGGAGAGACAUAUUAAAAGCUAUAUCAAUAGGAAUUAUAUUUAUAUCUUUUUUUGGAUUCUGGAUGACUUAUCUUUAAUAUCAAGUACUGUUACCUUUGCAUGAGUAAAUACAAUAAGAUAUAAAAAUUGUGCCUGUUGUUUCUUUGAGAUAGGCAGUGACUCGUAAGUUUUCCAAGAACUUUAUUGCAGAUCUUACUCCGAACCAUAAGCAACCAAAGAGAUUAGGCAGAGCAGAUACGAUAUCGGAACAAUCACAACCUUUGUAAAGUAUAUAACUCAAAUCGUAAAAGAAUGAUGAAAUGCCAGAACUUUAUUUAAAUCAAAGAAGCGAAAAACUUAUUAAACUUCCUGAUAGCGUUAGUCCCUAUAACGAGUACUUUGCUCCCUCUACUAACACAAUAAGGUAUUCUAAUUAAUUAGAAGACUUUCAGAAUUUAAGGAAGUAGAGGACGCCCAGAACAACCUAUUUAAAAUAAUAAGGCUGA